CCCCUUCUUGGUUAGUUUAAGAGUCAGCAUUGAUCAAUAUGGAAAUCAGCCAUUUGUUUGCAACUCUAGUGCUGGUAGUUUUCUGCUCCAUCGCUCAUGGAGCGGAUUACUGUUCUGAUGAGUUCCAGAAGAUCUGUGAAAACAAGGAACACAUUGGAUGCAAUCCGAAGAGUUUCUCCCAAUAUCCCAACUGUCACAACAAGGACCCCAAGCUGAUGCGCAUCACACCCGGUUUGAAGAAGUACCUGCUCUGCAAGCACAACAUGUACCGGGAUCUGCUGGCGGGAGGAACCAUGCAAUCGAGGAAUGGCGUUUUUCCAAGUGCCCAGAAUAUGUCGGUUUUGCAAUGGGACGAUGAGUUGGCUGCCUUGGCCGAGCAUAACGUAAAACAAUGCGAAAUGGAGCAUGACCAAUGCCGGAGGACAGUCAAGUUUAAAGCGGCCGGUCAAAAUAUUGCGUACGAUUCGUGGAGUGAGAAGCGUCCGGAUAAGAAGAAGAUUAUCCGGGAAGCCGUUUUUGCGUGGUGGAACGAACAUCAGGAUUUUCAGCACCACGAGGUGGACAAAUAUGUAGGAUCGAGCUCGGGUGUACUACAUUUUACCGCCAUGGCGUUGGACUAUCAGACGCACGUGGGCUGUGCCAUUUCCGAGUACGAUUACAGCGGCGGGGACACCCUGCUGAUCACCUGUAACUAUUCGUCCUGGACCUGGAUGGAGCAACCAAUCUACAAGAAGGGAUCGCCCUGUGCCGAUUGUGGUGGACAGUGCGAUGCCAAGUACAAGCAUCUUUGUCCUGCAAAAAGAUAGAGUCUCUAUAGCUUUCCUAAAAGCUUUAAAAAUAAAAGCCCCUUGACCUCUUACCCGAGUUACACAGAAUUUCUCCAUCUAAUGAUUUACGAUGACCUGAGCAAGUACACACGCGGGUUAAUCACAGUAAAUCAUAACCAAACGAAAGCUCACCCCAAAAGCAGCAGCUGCCAACUAUCCAAUCACCAUCAUCAUCAUCAUCACCUUCCCAACGUCCCAAGUGUGGACCAGACCUGCAGGAAAGUACCCUCUCGGAGGAAAGUGACUUGUGUGAAGUGUUUUCACAAAAAGAGUUAAUUGAGCUAUAAAUAUUAACAAA